AUGAAGAAGCUCUUGCCAUUAGAUUGGAAGUACUGGGAAAAGAUCACCCGUGUAGUGGCGACAACCUACAACAACAUGGGGGUUGUCCUAGAGAGUAUGGGUGACUAUGACGGUGCUUUGGAAAAGCACAAACAGGCUCUUGCCAUUAGAUUGUCAGCAUUGGGCAGAAUCAUCCUGAUGUUGCAUCUACCUACAACAACAUUGGUUCUGUGCUGGAGGAUUGGUGACAAUGAAGGUGCUCUGUCAAAAUAUGAAGAAGCACUUGCAUUAACGCUGUCAGCAUUGGGCAAGGAUCAUCCAGAUGUGGCAACCACCUACAACAGCAUUGGUUUUGUGCUGUAUGAUAUGGAUGACUUCGAGGGUGCUCUGUCAAAACACAAGGAAGCUCUUGCCAUUCAGCUACUGGUACUGGGAAAGGAUCAUCCUGAUGUUGCUCAGUCAUACGACAACAUGGGGGGUGUCCUGGAGGAGAUGGAUGAAAACGAAGGCGCUCUGUCAAAGUAUGAGGAAGCUCUUGCCGUUAGGUCGUCAGCAUUGGGCAAGGAUCAUGCUGAUGUGGCAAUCAGCUACCACAAAAUUGGUGCUGCACUGUUUAGUAUGGGUCACUAUGAAGAUUCCCUUUUGAAAUUUCAAGAAUGCCUUGCCAUCAGGGAACCAAUGUUGGGACUGGAGCAUCCAGAGACAAAGAAAUGCAUAGGCUGGGUUGAAGCAAUCAAGGAGAAGCAGUUGGCGGAAGAGCUUUUUAGGUUGGAGCAAGAGCUCUGGAAAAAGUUUAAAUUGUGCUUUUCUCAUUUGCAGUUCCAGGAAGAAGUUGUUUGGUGGAGAAAUGGUGGAAGAGCAGAGCAACGAAAUCUGGGAAAAGUUUGA